AUGCUUCGCAAGCUCACCGUCGACCAGAUCAACGACUGGUUCACCAUCGGCAAGACCGUGACGAAUGUGGAGCUGCUGGGCUCGCCGCCCGCCUUCCCGGCCGAGGCGGCCCGGGAGGAGGCGCCGCGCAAGGACGCGGCCCCGGGCUCCAGCCCCGCAGUCCCGGUCCCGGCGCGGCCGGCAGCGGCGUUCGGGAGGUCACUCAGCCAAAGGACCUCAGAAAUGGAGUAUAUUAACAAAUACAGACAACUUGAAGCACAAGAAUUGGAUUUGUAUGGUGGGGAUCAAGCAACUAGUGGGCCAGAUCCAAAGCCACCUUUGGCUAAAUUAAGCAGUGUGACAUGCAUCCCACAGACAACUUAUAAAUAUCCUGAUUUGCCUAUAAAUCGAUGUAAGGAAGAGGUUAUUUCUUUGAUAGAAAGCAAUUCUGUGGUAAUUAUACAUGGUGCCACGGGAAGUGGCAAAAGCACGCAGCUCCCGCAGUACGUCCUGGAUCACUGCAUCCAGCGCUCCACCUACUGCAACAUCGUGGUCACCCAGCCGCGCAAGAUAGGCGCCAGCAGCAUCGCCAGGUGGAUCAGCAAGGAGCGCGCUUGGACUCUGGGGGGCAUAGUGGGCUAUCAGGUAGGGCUAGAGAAAAUAGCAACGGAGGACACCAAGUUAAUUUAUAUGACAACUGGAGUCCUGCUUCAGAAAAUAGUUGGUGCCAAGAGUUUGAUGGAAUUCACGCACAUCUUCAUCGAUGAAGUCCACGAGCGAACUGAAGAAAUGGAUUUCCUGCUGUUGGUCGUCCGUAAACUUUUAAGAACAAAUUCCCGUUUUGUGAAGGUUGUCCUGAUGUCGGCUACCAUCAACUGUAAAGAGUUUGCAGACUACUUUGCUGUUCCUGUUCAGAACAAAAUGAAUCCUGCGUAUAUUUUUGAAGUGGAAGGCAAGCCCCAUUUAAUUGAAGAGUACUAUCUUAAUGAUUUCAGGCACAUUCAUCAUAGCAGGCUUUCUCCUCAUCUCCUGGAGGAACCGGUGAUAACUAAAGAAAUAUAUGAAGUUGCUGUCUCUCUAAUUCAGAUGUUUGAUGACUUGGAUAUGAAAGAGAGCAGGAACAAGACUUGGUCAGAUGCCCAGUUUGUAUCGGAGCGAAGCAGUGUGUUGGUGUUUUUGCCAGGUCUGGGUGAAAUAAACUAUAUGCAUGAACUUCUCACAAACAUGGUUCACAGAAGAUUACAGGUCUAUCCACUCCAUUCAAGUGUGACUUUAGAAGAACAGAAUAAUGUAUUUUUAAGUCCAGUCCCUGGGUACAGAAAGAUCAUUCUGUCCACCAACAUUGCGGAGAGUUCCGUCACUGUGCCAGAUGUCAAGUAUGUUAUAGAUUUUUGUUUGACUAGAAUUCUGGUAUGUGAUGAAGACACAAAUUACCAGAGUCUGCGAUUGAGUUGGGCCUCUAAAACCAGUUGUAACCAGAGAAAAGGCCGUGCUGGACGAGUGUCUAGAGGAUACUGUUACAGACUGAUCCACAAGAAUUUCUGGGACAACUCCAUCCCUGAUCAUGUUGUUCCAGAGAUGCUGCGUUGUCCAUUGGGAAGCACAAUCUUGAAAGUGAAAUUACUAGACAUGGGUGAACCAAGAGCUUUGCUGGCAACUGCCCUUUCCCCUCCUCGUCUGAGUGACAUUGAGCGCACAAUCCUUCUGCUGAAGGAGGUGGGCGCACUUGCGGUCAGCGGGCAGAGAGAAGAGGAGAACCCCCACGACGGUGAGCUGACCUUCUUAGGAAGAGUUUUGGCCCAGCUUCCUGUUAACCAGCACCUUGGUAAACUCAUAGUCCUUGGACAUGUAUUUGGAUGUCUAGAUGAAUGUCUUAUUAUAGCGGCAGCUCUUUCUUUGAAGAAUUUUUUUGCAAUGCCAUUUCGGCAGCAUCUUGAUGGAUAUAGGAACAAAGUGAAUUUUUCUGGCAAUAGUAAGAGUGACUGUAUCGCACUGGUUGAGGCAUUUAAAACAUGGCAGGCUUGCAGACAGAGAGGAGAGCUGCGGCAUCCAAAGGAUGAACUUGACUGGGGACGGAUAAAUUACAUUCAAAUCAAGAGAAUUAGAGAGGUGGCUGAAUUGUAUGAAGAACUAAAGAAUAGAAUCUCACAGUUCAACAUGUAUGUGGAUUCGCAGCGACCUGUCAUGGACCAAGAGUACAUAUAUAAGCAGCGAUUCAUCCUGCAGGUUGUGUUGGCAGGUGCUUUUUAUCCAAAUUACUUCACUUUUGGACACCCUGACGAGGAGAUGGCCGUGCGGGAACUGGCUGGCAAAGACCCGAAGACAACUGUUGUGCUGAAGCACAUUCCUCCCUAUGGGUUUCUCUACCACAAACAGCUACAGUCUCUCUUUAGACCAUGUGGGCAAGUCAGAUCCAUUGUAUUUGAUGGUGCAAAAGCCUUUGUGGAGUUUUCGCGUAAUCCAACGGAGAGAUUUAAAACUCUUCCUGCGGUGUAUAUGGCAAUUAAGAUGUCUCAGCUGAAAGUCUCCCUGGAGCUCAGUGUCCACUCUGCAGAGGAGAUUGAAGGGAAGGUGCACGGAGGGAGCGUGUCCACGCUCAGGAGCACGAGGGUGAAUGUGGACUUCCAGAAGCAGACAGUGGAUCCCAUGCAAGUCUCAUUUAACACGUCAGACAGGUCCCAGACGGUUACAGAUCUCCUUCUGACGAUUGAUGUCACAGAGGUGGUUGAAGUGGGACACUUUUGGGGAUAUAGGAUUGAUGAAAAAAACGCACAGAUUCUGAAAAAUCUUACUGCUGAAAUAAACCAGCUGAAGUUGGUACCUUUGCCCACUCACCCACAUCCAGACUUGGUCUGUCUGGCACCUUUUGCUGAUUUUGACAAAGAAAGCUACUUUAGAGCUCAAAUUCUUUAUGUGUCUGGAAAUUCUGCUGAGGUGUUCUUUGUAGAUUAUGGUAAUAGGUCUCAUGUAGAUCUGGAUCUUUUAAUGGAGAUUCCCGGUCAAUUUCUUGAACUUCCCUUUCAGGCUUUGGAAUUUAAGAUUUGCAAAAUGAGACCAUCGGCAAAAUCUCUUGUGUGUGGUGAGCACUGGAGUGGCUCGGCCAGCCGGCGGUUUGCCUCCCUAGUGAGCGGCUGUGCUCUCCUGGUGAAGGUCUUCUCUGUCGUGCACAGUGUCCUGCAUGUGGACGUGUACCGGUACUCCACAGUCCAGGAUGCCAUCAACAUAAGGGACGUCCUCAUCGAGGAGGGCUAUGCCGAGCUCAUGGAGGAGUCCUAUGAGUCGAAACAAAGCCAUGACGUUCUCAAGGGUCUCUUUUCCAAAUCAGUAGAAAACACGGCAGAUGGGUCUGUGCCCUCCUCCGUGAAGGACGACGAGAAGUAUCUGAUGCGGAUUUUGUUAGAGAGCUUUUCCUCCAAUAAACUGGGCACUCCAAAUUGUAAGGCAAUACUCCAUGGGCCUUUCAACCCUUAUGAACUGAAGUGUCAUAGUUUGACCAGAAUAUCCAAGUUCAGGUGCGUUUGGAUCGAGAAGGAGAGCAUCAACUCUGUCAUCAUCAGUGACGCCCCCGAAGACCUGCACCAGAGGAUGCUGGUGGCAGCUUCCCUGUCAGUCAACGCAACUGGCUCCACCAUGCUGCUGAGGGAAACCUCCCUGCUGCCUCCCAUCCCCGGCCUCCCGGCUCUGCUCAGCAUGCUCUUCGCACCGGUGAUGGAGCUAAGGGUUGAUCGGGAUGGCAAAUGCUAUACUGGAGUCCUCUGUGGCUUGGGGUGGAAUCCAGCUACAGGGGCCCCCAUUCUGCCGGAGCAUGACAUUGAGCUGGCGUUUGAUGUUCACUUCAACGUGGAGGAUGUUGUGGAGAUUAAUAUUCUCAGGGCUGCUGUUAACAAGCUAGUAUGUGACGGGCCAAACGGAUCUAAGUGUCUUGGGCCAGAAAGAAUUGCGCAGUUACAGGAUAACGCUCGUCAGAAACUCUUAGGUUUGUUCUGUCAGUUGAAACCAAGAGAGAAGGUUGUUCCUAAGUGGCACGAAAAGCCCUACGAGUGGAAUCAGGUUGACCCAAAGCUGGUCAUGGAGCAGGCUGACCGGGAGAGCAGCAGAGGGAAGAACAACUUCCUGUACCAGCUUCACAAGCUGAUCGUGCUCAGCGCCUGAACGUGCCGGCAGGCGAGUCCCAGUCCGUCCUGAAGGCAGCGCGAGGGGCGGACUGAAGGCUGCGUCUGCAGACUGACUUUGUCUGCGUCUGAACACGGAUGCUGCGGCCCAGGUCUUCUCCAUCCCAGUUCCUGUUUUCUUUGGGUGGUCGUCGGAGAGUGGUGUGUCUUUUCAGGUGGGAAGGAUCGGGAAUUCUAGUCUGUUCUAGAAACAGAAAAUCACUGUAUUAAAUAUUUUGGGAAAAAUUUUUCUGACAGGAGACUUUAUUUGGAAAAAGAGCCGCAUUUUGCUUAAAUUUGUUAAGGUAAAUAUAAGCAGCUAAUCCUACAUGUAAGUUUGCAGAAUGUCCUUGUGUAUUCUAUUCUGUUACAGAGAUUUAAACCCAGAGUAUGGGAAAAACCAGACUUCCAGUUUACCACGAGGGAAAACUGUGGUUUUCUUAAAACCAUGUGGUGUUUUCUGAUUUUCUUUUUUCCAUGAGGGAAAAUAUCUAAUUUUGGUAAAACUUCAGUUUUGUAUAUUUAAGAUUUUUAGUGAGGUUGCAAUUCUUGGUCCAUGUUUUGGAAAUCAGAGAGAUUACCUGGCAGUAGUAUAUCUGUGUUAAAACAA